AUGGAAAACCCGAAACUGAAUGCACUCAUCUCUCGCUGCCGAAAGCCGAUCCUCACGGCUGCGGAAGAUGUCGCGCAAACUGCGGCAGCGCUGCUGGACCUUACACUCUACCUAGACGCCCGCGGGACACGAACGUGCCUCGUGCCACUGAAGAAGUUAGUGCGGCACAACCCUGAGACUCUGCAAGCAGCGCUGGACAGCGCUGAUGUAAGCCCAGAGGUGGCAGGCGAUGGACGGCGUUUUGCUGCUGUUUCGCGUGUUAUUCCUUCAUCCAAGAGUGCUGUGGCGACAGCGCUGUGGUCGCGAGUAGUCAGCACUACCACCCGUGCCUUGCAGGCCAGUGUGUGGGCACCGUCCGACCUGCGGGUGAUAAUACAUCACAUUCAUCGGUUCAGCGCAUACGACACAGCUUUUGUGGAGUGUGCUGCUCGCUAUGCAGGUGCGGCCAUUCCGUGUGCCAGCGCUGAUGACCUACCGGCGCUUGUGUCGAUCGUGACGUCCCUCCCUGAACUAGCAGCGCACCCGACGAGGCUGCUGGACGCUGCUGGGGAUCGAGCUGCGGCUCUCGCUGAGUCGCUCACUCCUGGUGCGGUUGGGCACAUCUGUGGCCAAUUAAACCGCAAACUUUGGACCAAUACAAACGCAGUGAUCGCGUUUCAGGAGGAGGCCGGCCGGUGCGCGGAAAAGGGCGACACUUUCACAGCUGUGCAGCUGAUGUGCUUCGUGGCACGGCACAAACCUGCGCUCAUCAGCGAUGAGGCGGUUGUGUGGCUGAUGGAGCGCAUCACGGGCGAAGAGCUGGACGUGAGGUCGUUAGAAAACCUGUGCAGCGCUGUGGUGCACUUGCCGUUUGCAGUGCGCACUGCACUGCGGCAGGAGCUGCUGGAGUUUGUGGCAUUCUUGUCGUUGCAGGCCCGCGAGCUGCUGCAGCAGGUGCCCGCUGCACAGGGCGGGUUGAGCGGGUGCGACGACGCCGAUGCAAUUCAGCACUUUGUGUCACAUGUCUUGGAGCUGAGCGUGAUGCUCCGUACUUACCCGGAUCUGCAGUGGCCCCCAGAGUUGCUCGCUGUUGCGGAUGCGUGCGCUGCCAGUGUGGAGCCGCUGCAGGAGGUGCUGCUAUCUGCGGAAAGCUCGCCGGUAGGGCUUAUGGUGCGCCUUUUGGAGGCACCCACAAGUGAGUGCAAGCGGGUGGGCCUAGGAAUGCUACGCGAGGCGGCGAACCAGUGCCAGUCAUUUCCAACCCUUCAAACAUUUCGAUUUCUUCUUCUAAUGGGCGAUCACGGCCUGCAGGACGCAGGCACGUCCCGCUACUUGCGCGACCAGUUUGCGAAAACAGCCUCGGAUGUGCCGCCUGUGCAGUUGAGCGUGGCGCUGCGCUGCCUCAGCGUCGCGACUGCAGUCGGCUCGACGGCAGGUGCGGCAGUGCAAGGUACCAGCGGUGCAGGCGAGCCCCGCGCCAUCGUCGAGGAUGCCGCGGGGGAUGCGGACGUGGAUGAUGAGCUAGAGCGCGAACGUCUCGAUGCAUUUCUGCAGUUCUGCGUAGAGGUGUCACGCAAGCACCUCUCGCAAGGUGCACCACUACGCUGCGUACUGGCCACGACGGAGAGCUUGCAUCGCCUCGGCUGUCGCGACACAGCCUUCUUCGCCGACGUGGCGGCGUACAUCGCAGCCAAGCGUGCGGUCGCGUCUGCCGAGAAGGAAAGCGCCGACACUGCAACGGCGGUGUGCGUCGCUCUCGGAGAGGACUUGUUGAGGGAGUACCCUGAGACGCACGCGUUUCUGCUGGAUGUGGCGCAGCGGGGCGUGAAGGGGGAGUCCGCUAUGCCGCCGACGCAGUGGAUGAACCUGCACGACCCCUCCAACACCCUCACUCCCCUGACAGAGCAACAGCAGGAGAGCUGCGCCAUUGUGGAGGAGAUGGUUCGUACCCGUUCGGACGAUGUGGAUGCGCUUGUUCGGCUGGCGGAGAAGUAUGCGGAGCUGCUGCCGUUCGCGCGCCCCGACGACCACAAGUACUUCUUUGGUGUAUGCGAAGAAAAGGUGCUCAAGCAGGAUAAGCUGCUGAAGAAGUGCCUGGACGCGAUUGUAGAUUGCGGUGUGCUGAGUCGUCUGUCCGCGCAGACGAUUGCGUCGAUCCUGCACAGCCUUGCUGCGAUCCGCUUCGAGUACUUUGCAUCUGUGAAGCGCUUCAUGUCAAGCAUCAGUGAUGAGCAGUGGCUUUUGAUGGAGGCUGCGCCGCUAGUACAAAUCCUCACCGGGAUGGAUAAGCUGUCUCUUCGCAUACCGGCGGUGCUGCGCCGCAUUGGUGGGCGUCUGACGGAGAUCUGCCGCUUCCUGACACCGCUGGACACUGCACAGGCGAUUCAUGCACUGCAGGCGCUGGGCCACAACGAUGCCGUGCUGCUGGCAAAGCUUGCCACCCACGCCGCGGCUCUGGCGAGACGAUUUGACGAGCUUAGCAUGGCAGUGCUCUUCAGCACACCCUCAAUCCACAGGCUGAUGAGCACCCCUGAAGUGGCGCAGCCACUUCUCCUCCAAGCGAGUGCAAAGAUCCAGUCGCCCCACCAGCGGGAGAAGAUAUCGGCGUGGGUACGCCGCUCUGGUUUGCCCCGCGAGCUAAUUGAUGAAUGUACGAGGCGCCUUCAGGUGAUGAGCAGGGAUGCCGGGCCCUCGGAAGUUCGCCUUCGUCUUACCUAA